AUGAAGUCUCCACAAUCAAAGUCAACGUGGACUUGGAAUGCGAAGCGAGUUUGGCACUGCACUGAACUUGGACAUCUUCCUGAAGAUCUGGGAUGCGGUGUUCCGCAGGGCAAGGUGGGCUGUUCACGAGGACUCUGGACAGUUAAAGUGGAUCCGGAUGCUGUGUUCUUCCCGGACCGCUUGAGGACAGUUCUCGCACACUACGUGGAGCCGCCCAACGGGGGGCGGGCGGCUCUGAACAACUGCAAGUUCGGCAUGCACGGCCCCAUCGAGGUCUUCUCGAGAAACGCGAUUGGCGCCUUCCAGGCUGCCAGAGAUCAGUGCACAGCCCACUUCGAGCAGAUGUGCCAGGGCGACUGCAAGUGGGGCGAGGACGAUAUAUGGGUGGACCAGUGCUUGAAGUACCUGAACGUGCAGCGCGAAGACGAGUGGCAGCUGCUGGUGGAGGAGACCAUUGCGAUGCACCGGUGCCAUGGUCCGCCACCACAUCAUGCGACGGCAGCCACGUGUCGUUCCACCCUUUCAAGGAUGACGUCGACAGCUAUGCCCUGUGCAUGUCGUACUCCCAGAUCCCAGCGCAGGUAG